AUGUUGUCGGAAUCCGUUCUCUGCCUCUUGACAGAGGACCUUUUCAUCCGCGUCCUGGAGAAGCUUGGGCCGGAUCGGAAACCUUGGCGAUUGGUGUGCAAGGAGUUUCUCCGGGUCGAAUCAGCGACCCGAAAGAGUAUUCGGAUCCUCCGAAUCGAGUUCCUUGUCGGGUUGCUGAAGAAGUUCUGCAACAUUGAGACGCUGGACCUGUCGUUGUGUCCGCGGAUCGAGGACGGAGUCGUGUCGGUUUUGCUGAGUCAGGGAUCGGCGAGCUGGACUCGGGGACUCAGGAGGCUCGUGCUGAGUCGCGCCACCGGGUUGGGCCAUGUGGGUUUGGAGAUCCUCAUUCGGGCGUGUCCAAUGUUGGAGGCCGUCGAUGUGUCCCACUGUUGGGGCUAUGGGGACAGAGAAGCCGCGGCGCUAUCGUGCGCCGCAAGGUUGAGGGAACUCAACAUGGAUAAGUGCUUGGGAGUAACUGAUAUUGGGUUGGCGAAGAUUGCUGUCGGCUGUGGGAAAUUGGAGAAGCUGAGUUUAAAGUGGUGCUUGGAGAUUUCUGAUCUGGGGAUUGAUCUUCUUUGCAAGAAGUGCCUGGACUUGAAAUUUCUUGAUGUGUCCUAUCUCAAGGUCACAAGUGAAUCUUUGAGAUCGAUAGCUUCUCUGUCAAGGCUUGAGGUUUUUGUUAUGGUGGGCUGCUCUUUAGUGGAUGAUGUCGGAUUGCGGUUUCUUGAAAAAGGGUGUCCACUACUUAAGGCAAUUGAUGUAUCGAGGUGUGAUUGCGUUAGCUCAUCCGGUUUAAUAUCUUUGAUUAGUGGGCAUGGAGAUCUUGAGCAGUUGGAUGCAGGAAAUUGUCUCUCUGAGCUUUCAGCACCCCUUGUUAAAUGCUUGGAGAAUUUAAAGCAACUGAGAAUAAUUAGAAUUGAUGGUGUUCGAGUUUCCGACUUUAUCCUCCAGACAAUUGGUACCAAUUGCAAGUCUUUAGUGGAACUUGGUUUAAGCAAAUGUAUUGGCGUGACCAACAAGGGAAUUAUGCAGCUAGUAUCUGGCUGUUGCAAUUUGAAGAUUCUUGAUUUGACUUGUUGUCGGUUCAUCUCAGAUGCAGCCAUCACUACUAUAGCAGACUCUUGUCCAGACCUUGUGUGUCUGAAGCUAGAAUCUUGUGAUAUGGUGACUGAGAAUUGUAUUUAUCAACUUGGAUUAAAUUGCUUGCUGCUUGAAGAACUUGAUCUUACUGAUUGCUCUGGCGUUGAUGACAUAGCACUAAGAUAUCUAUCAAGAUGUUCAAAACUCGUUAGAUUGAAGUUAGGAUUAUGCACAAACAUAUCAGACAUAGGAUUGGCACAUAUUGCUUGUAACUGCCCAAACAUGACUGAACUUGAUCUCUAUCGCUGUGUACGUAUUGGAGAUGAUGGGCUGGCAGCGCUGACAAGUGGAUGCAAGAGGUUGAGAAAGCUCAACUUGUCAUAUUGCAAUAGAAUUACAGACAGAGGGAUGGAGUAUAUCAGCCAUCUUGAUGAACUAUCCGAUCUGGAGUUGCGUGGGCUUUCAAAUAUCACAAGCAUUGGCAUAAGAGCAGUUGCAAUAAGUUGCCAGAGAUUGGCAGAUUUAGAUCUGAAGCAUUGUGAAAAAAUUGAUGAUUCAGGUUUCUGGACCCUUGCUUUUUAUUCACAAAACCUGCGGCAGAUAAACAUGAGCUACUGUGCCGUGUCAGAUAUGGUGUUGUGCUUCCUUAUGGGUAACCUGAAACGCCUCCAAGAUUCCAAACUGGUAUUUCUUUCUAAAGUCACUGUAACAGGAUUGGAAGUUGCCCUCAGAGCUUGCUGUGGUCGGAUUAAAAAGGUCAAACUGCAGAGGUCCCUUAGGUUCUUGCUUUCCUCAGAAAUGCUGGAGACACUGCAUGCAAGAGGGUGCAAGAUCAGAUGGGAUUAG